AAUGUUCCUUGAUUGCCUGCGCUCACUCCUGCCUCUCACUCUUUCUUUACGUGCUUUUCUCUCUCUGAAAAAGCUCAAAAAGACUGCAAUUUGUAAGGAAGGAAUGAGACUGUGGAGAGAGAACGGGAGAGAAAGAGAGAGCGUACAUUCAAAAGCAAAACAGGAGAAAAGCGAAAUUGAAGCUUAAAUGUCGAGAUUUCUUUUUCUCCAAUCAUGGCUUCUUAUAUUUUGCUUAGCUUUCUCCACUUGUUUAGCAGGACCUGCACCCUGGGUUAUUCGCAUAAGCUGUGGAUCUCGUGUAAAUGUGCGUACUCUCCCAACCAAUACACUUUGGUACAAGGAUUUUGCAUAUACAGGAGGAAUUCCAACUAAUUCAACUGCUAAAGUUUAUGUUGCUCCUCCACUUAAAACUCUCCGCUAUUUCCCGCUAUCUGAAGGUCCCAAUAAUUGCUACAAUAUUAAAAAGGUGCCAAGAGGACGUUAUUCUGUAAGGGUCUUCUUUGGAUUGGUUGCUCAUCACGAUCCUGACCCUAAUUUUGAUAAUGAACCUUUAUUUGACAUCUCUGUCGAAGGCACCCAGAUUUAUUCUUUGCAAUCAGGCUGGAGUAACCAUGAGGACCAAGUGUUCACUGAAGCACAAGUGUUCCUCACGGAUGGUACUGCCUCAAUUUGUUUCCAUAGCACUGGUCAUGGAGAUCCAGCAAUCCUUUCAAUUGAAAUUCUUGAGGUUGCUGAUAGAGCAUACUAUUUUGGCCCAGAGUGGGGUGAAGGGGUAAUCCUCAGAACAGUGACCAGAUUGAGUUGUGGCAAUGGGAAAUCAAAAUUCGAUGUAGAUUAUAGCGGGGACCGAUGGGGUGGGGAUAGAUUAUGGAGUCGCAUGACUACAUUUGGACAGAGUUCUGAUAAAGCUAUAUCUACUGAAAAUAGUAUUAAAAAGGCUUCAAAUGCGCCAAACUUUUACCCGGAAGCUCUUUAUCAGACUGCCCUUGUUAGUACUGAUAGUCAGCUAGAUUUAGCAUAUACAAUGGAUGUGGAUCCUCAUAAAAACUAUUCAAUUUGGCUACACUUUGCCGAGAUUGAUGUUUCAGUCACUGAUGUAGGGCAAAGGAUAUUUGACAUCCUGAUUAAUGGUGAUGUCAUAUUUGACGAAGUAGACAUAACCAAAAUGAGUGGGGAUCGUUAUACGGCUCUUGUACUGAACACAACUGUUCCUGUUAAUGGGAGAACGCUGACAAUAACCUUGAACCCCAAAGAAGGCAGCCAUGCCAUAAUCAAUGCCAUUGAGGUCUUCGAGGUUAUCACAGCUGAGCCCAAAACUUUAUUGGAAGAAGUUAGGGCUUUACAGGCAUUAAAGAGUGCACUGGGCCUUCCACUUCGGUUUGGCUGGAAUGGUGAUCCGUGUGUUCCCCAACAACAUCCAUGGAGUGGAGCAGAUUGUCAAUUUGACAGAACUAGCAGCAAAUGGGUCAUCGAUGGACUCUAUUCUAUGGUCAGUGGUCUUGACAACCAAGGUUUGAGUGGUUUCCUGCCAAAUGACAUAUCUGGGCUCCAUCAUUUACAAAGCAUAAACUUAAGUACUAACAACAUUCUUGGAGCUAUUCCAUCAUCACUUGGAACGAUAACCAGCUUAGAAGUUCUGGACCUCUCUUACAACUUUUUCAAUGGAUCAAUUCCCGACAGCAUUGGACAGUUGACAUCAGUUCGGAGAUUGAAUCUCAAUGGAAACUCUCUGUCUGGAAGAGUCCCAGCUGCGUUAGGAGAAAGGCUUUUGCAUGGAGCUAGCUUCAAUUUUACCGAUAAUGCAGGUCUUUGUGGUAUGCCUGGAUUGCCUACUUGUGGGCCCCACCUUUCUGCUGGUGCAAAAAUUGGCAUUGCCUUUGGUGCAUCUGUUGCAUUCCUCCUCAUGGUCAUCUGUUUGAUGUGUUGGUGGAAAAGACGACAGAAUAUACUCCGUGCACAGCAGAUUGCUGCAAGAGGUGCUCCUUAUGCAAAAGCAAGGAUCCAAACAGCGCAUGAUAUCCAGAUGACAAGGCAUCAUAAUCAUGGCUAUGCAAGGACAGCUGCUGAGAAUGGGCCUAGCUUACUGUCAUGAUUAAUCAACCAGGCCUUCAGAAUUCACUCUAUUUAAAAUUUGUUCCCGCUUUGGUUUCUGGAAUUGGAUUUGCUUCUGAACAUGGGUCCCAAGACCUGAUGAUUGAUUUGGCGCACUUGUACUUCCUCAUGUGCCCAUUCUUUCAUAAUUUUGUUCAGUGAAGAUGAAGAAACUGGGUAGAAAAACAGCUGCAUCUAUCCAUGGCAUUGUCAAAUGCCAUAUGGAGUGAAAAAUCAUGUGCAUUUUUUCAAUUUUUUUGAUUCCGUUCGGGCAAAGGAAGAUGCGUAGAUGUAAAUUUAAAGUUUCCCAGUUCUCUACUUUUCAUAUGUAGUUUCAAAGGAACAUGUGAUUGUGUCCCUUGCACCAUGAGGUCACACAAUUUCAGUUCAGGUUGAGAGGAUAAUAUAUAGGAUACACAAUUUCAGUUCAGGUUAUAUGUCGUUAUCUUUAAAGAAUGGAUACAUGUAAUUUAGCAAUGGUCUUUGCUGCA